AUGUACGCCUACGUGGAGCUGGCCCCCAUCGGCAUCAGCUAUUUCCUGUCAGGUAUGCACUACACAGGGAGCUUCACACUGGCGGAGCUGGGAGUGAGUGACCAACAGGCCCAGCACCAGACCCAGCACCAGCACCAGCACCAGACCCAGCAUCAGCACCAGACCCAGCACCUGCACCAGGCUGCCUACCACUCCUCCCACUCGGAGCUGGGCCUGUUGCAGCAGGGCUACUCCCUCAGCACCGGCUCCGACGCAGACUCUGACCCAGAGGGGGUCAUGUCGCCGGAGCGUGCCGUUCAGCUGUGGGGGGGUCACGGGAUCAAGUCCCGUCGCAGCUCCGGCCUCUCCAGCAGGGAAAACUCAGCCCUCACACUCACCGACUCAGACAACGAACACAAGUCUGACGACGAGUCAGCAUACUUCGAUGAUGAAGGGGAUGAUGAGGAUGAGGAGGAUCUGUACAGUCACCACCGUUUCACUCCGGCCUCAUCCCCAGCCUCACCCAGCCCCAGCGUCAACCCAAUCCUCAGCCUCAGUCUCAGCCCCAGCCUCAGCUAG